CGUUCGGCGAUGGCAGUGGGGUAUGCAGUAUUGUACGAAAAAUUCGCAAUCUGCCAAAUUGUAGCAAAGUAAAUUUGGAAGUUAUAUGUGACUUGCGCUGGAAUUAAUUUUUUUAUCUACCUGGUGUACCAUCCGUUGCCCGACGUGAUUAUCUGACCAGGACGUUUAUAUUUCGAUUCAUUGCAUCAUAAUUUUUACGCUGUCUAUGCUGGUAAUUCUAACCAGUAUCUAGCAAUAUUAAUACUGUAAGCGCAAUAUAACCAUGUAUUUUUAUAUGAUCUUUCUUGUGCUAUAUUUGUUUGGCAUGGCUUCGACCCAAAAUGGAUUCGCUAUAGGUAGCAAUGGGCAGUGCAUGAUUACCACGCCGGACGUCCUGGGACCUUAUUACAAACCCAGUGCGCCACUGUUCAAUGCCACCAUUCCAUCUGACCUGCCCAGCGUCUGUUUCAAUAAUCCGGCACAUACGCGUUUAUUUGUUAACGGGACAGUACAUGUGGUGGAUACGGAAGGGAACCCUUGCGGGAAACCGGCAUUCGCAUUGAUGGACGUCUGGCAAGCGGAUGCUAACGGCGAGUACAGCGACAUCCGUAUGGACAAACCGGAUUAUUGGUGUCGGACUCGCUUUACAACCACCAAAGACGGAUUCUUCAGCCUCUCAACGGUUUUUCCUGGUCGAUAUAACGACGACGGUUACCGUCCAGCGCAUCUCCACUUCCGGAUAACACUCAUCGAUGAAAACGGUCAAUUGAUAGGCACAACUUUGACCACACAGCUAUAUUUUGAAAGAGAUUUUUAUCUACCGCCCAAUGAUUCCUGUCAACGAUGCGGAUCAAGAAACCCUUCGCAAAGAAUUAUAGUUAAUAACGAUGUCGAUAUUAAGACCUUUACCGGCACGUGGAACGUAUUUUUGCGUGAAAAUGUCAUUAGUGGACCGAUCAAACGGUGAUAAGGUGUCACCACUACUACAGUUCGUAUCAAGGUUAUUGCUAUGUAUUAGAAAAUACAUCCCUCUAAAGGCAGUAUCAACUUUACUAUGAUUGCUGAAAAAUGUGUGGUUUAUAAAGAGAUUGUGUGGUUUAUAAAGAGAUAUUGAAAAGAGAGCUUUUGGAAAAAGUCUUUCAACCUAUCAAGUUAUGAACUCGAUAAUCUCUAACCCUUUUUGGUGUUUUCAAGUUUGUGUAACUAUUUACAAAAUGGAGCAAUAAAACUGGGCAUUAU